AUGGUGAUGGUGAUGGCGAUGAUGAAGCGAGAUCAGAAUACAAGUGCCAACCAAUUGGUAGCAGUGGAAGGAGGAAGAGGAGAUGAUACUAAUGGUGUUACCACGAACAAGUGUUUGGAUAAGGAGAGAGAUGCUCUCCUUCAAUUCAAAGCAAACCUUCAUGACCCUGAUGGUAGUCUCUCUACGUGGAGACCUGAAGAUGAUGACUGCUGUGCAUGGAAAGGAGUCUGGUGCGACAGCCAAACAGGUCAUCAUGUCACAGAUCUUUAUUUGUCCGAUGCUGGUCUUGUAGGUGAGAUUAGCCAUUCGUUGGUUAACUUAACCUACUUGAAUGUUCUUGAUCUUCGCUACAAUUCUUUUCAUGGAACCAUUCCCACCUGCAUUGGUUCCUUGACUGAAUUAACCGACCUUCGACUUUCCCACAACUCUUUUCAUGGAACCAUUCCCACCUUCAUUGGUUCCUUGACAGAGUUAACGUUACUUGAACUUUCAGACAACUCCUUUUAUGGAACCAUUCCUCCAGAGUUUGGAAACCUCACCAACUUGGAAGGGCUUUACCUUGGAGAUGUUGGAAGAUGUAGAGUUGAGAACCUCGACUGGUUGUCUCCUCUCUCUCAUUUGGUGCAUCUUGAAAUGGAUGGGACUUCCCUUGCCAAAGCAAACCAGUGGGUAAAUGUGAUUUCAAGUCUCCGGAAACUAUUGUCUUUAAGUUUAGAUGGAUGUGAGCUCUCACAGGUGAUGUAUCCAUAUUCUUCUUCAUUUCUCAACUCUUCUUCAUCUAUUGAAUAUCUUUAUCUCAGAAACAACAAUCUCACCUCAUCCAUGUAUCGUUGGUUGUUCCCAUUAACCAGCAAUAAGCUUUGUCGUCUUGAUCUCUCUGGGAACAUGUUAGAUGGGAUUCCCAAAUAUCUUGGUAACCUCUCUAGUUUAUAUAGUUUGGACUUUAAUAACAACUCUGAUGUUGUCAACUUUCCUUCUUUUCUGUACAACUUGUCUGGAUGCACAUCACUUACAUUACGAUCCUUGUAUGCUGAAAGAAGCCAAUUUACAGGGUCUUUCUCCGAUAUCAUCCAAAAGUUUUCAUCCCUAAGAUAUUUGUACCUAUCAGAUAAUCACAUAAAUGGAACCAUAAGCGAGAAAUUGUGGGAACUAUCCAGCCUUGACCAUAUUUGCCUUUCUCAAAAUCAUCUUAGUGGUGCCAUCUCUGAAAACAUUGGAAAUUCGAUGGCUUCUAUUAUAAAUCUUUCAAAAAACCCACUCCAAGGAGUUCCUUCCACAGAUCAUAUGUCAAACCUUUCUUAUGUAAAGCAGCUUGAUCUGAGCUCUUGCAAGCUAGGCCCUCACUUCCCCAGAUGGAUUCAAAAACUGGAAAAACUUAUCCAUCUUGAUAUUUCCAAUACUAGUAUUUCAGACACAGCUCCUCCAGAAAUUUGGAACAUGCAAUUAAGUUAUUUGAAUAUCUCUUCCAACAACAUUAGUGGGGAAGCACCAGAUUUAUCAUCAAGAGAUUUUGCCAUAACGAUAGAUUUGAGUUCUAACAGCUUUAACGGUCCAAUACCGCAUCUUCCUCUGCGUUUGGUAUUGUUAAAUCUUUCCAGAAACAAAUUCUCUGGAGGAAUCUCCUUCAUAUGCCAAAUUGUCGGUGGGUUCUUAAAAUUUCUUGACCUCUCCCAUAACUCUCUAACUGGACAAAUUCCAGACUGUUUGUGGCAUUUCAAAGAACUAAAAGUUCUCAAUCUAGGACACAACAGUCUAUCCGGAAGGCUUCCUCCCUCUAUUGGAUGUUUGAUACAACUCGAGGUGUUGUAUUUAUACAAGAACAGCUUCUCUGGACAAUUGCCUCUGUCUCUAAAGAAUUGCACGAAGUUAAACUUCUUGGAUUUGGGGGCCAACAGAUUCUCUGGUAACGUGCCUGCGUGGAUUGGGGAAAAUUUAUCGGGGUUGUAUGCUCUUAUCCUAAGAUCAAACAACUUCUUUGGAACCAUCCCUUUACAAGUAUGUCAAUUACCGAAUCUUCAAAUUUUAGACUUUUCAAGGAACAAUCUCCAUGGAAGCAUCCCCUCAUGUUUGAGUAAUCUUACAAGAAUGGCUCAAGAAGGAUUCUUACCGCCACCAAAUGUGCAUCCCUAUACAGCUCCAUCAUAUCCACAUCCAUAUAUUUCAUAUUCUUCAUUAAAAAUGUACAAUGUCACUGAAACGGAGUAUGAUGCUCAGGAGGAGUAUGUUGACCAUGCGAUGAUCGAGUGGCAAGGAGAUGAGCGUGAAUUCACCCGUAAUCUGGGAUUGUUGAAGACCAUUGACCUGUCCAGCAACAACUUAACAGGACAUAUCCCAUAUGAACUCACCGAUCUCCAUGAACUGCUUGCCCUGAACUUGUCAAAGAAUGCUCUGAUCGGAGAGAUUCCACAGCAAGUUGGUCAGAUGAAAAACCUUUUGGCUUUGGAUUUAUCUAGAAACAGUUUAUCAGGAGGGAUACCAUCAACCAUGUCUCAAAUGACUUUGUUGUGUUACCUAGACGUUUCCUCUAAUAACUUUUCAGGGAGAAUCCCAUCUAGCACUCAGCUUCAGUCCUUUCAACAUUCAAGCUAUGAUGGAAAUGCAGGACUGUGUGGACCUCCACUUUCAAGAAAAUGUCCAGGAGAUGAAGAAUCACUAGUUGGUAAAAGUGAGGGUGAUGGCAAAGACAGGGAUGAAGAUUGGGGAUGGCUCUGUAUUGGUGGGGGCACUGGUUUUGUGACAGGAUUUUGGAUAGCAUGUGGCGCUCUACUUCUCAACCAUCGUGGGAGACGUGCAUUUUUUAACUUUUAUGACAGCUUCAGAGACUGGGUUUAUGUGACGGUGGUGGUGUUCAUUGCAAAAUUGCAGAGGAUUGCACAUAUGGUUUUUAAGUCCCCAUUAUCAAUAAAUAUGCCACCAACUCCAUGGGUGGCAAUUUCAGAUUUUCAAAUAUAUUGUAUGCGAAUCUUGAGCUUGUGGCCUUGGCUGCAACUCUCAUUUCGAAAGUUGAUUGGUGAUCAGGUGCUCUGCUAGGCAAAUGUGAGGCAUGUAUACUUCAACAUACCAAUGGAAUCAGGUCCAUUGUAGCGUGGUGGUGCAUUUGAGCUACCCAAACCCAAUGGCGUCGUGUUCUUGUCAGCUAAAACAAGCUAGGGGGAGCCUCGAAGCACCCAUCAGCUGGCUAACGACAGCGUACGAG